GCGCUUCUCCCCCUGCAGUACGACGGGACGCAGGAGAUCCUGGUGGAGCCGGAGAUCCACCGCAACUGCAGUGCGGGCGGCGGCCCCGAGUACCGCUGGCGCGUGCUGGACGAGGACGGCAACGAGGCCCUGUUCCCCAACUACUUCUCGCCCACGCUCGUCAUCCACCCCUUCUACGACAACCACUGGACGAGGCUCCUCGCCCCCUCCGACGAGAAAGCGUCGGACUCCCGCGCUUCGGACCUCGUCCCCCUGCAGGUGCGCUCCCUCAGCCCGUUCACCGUCCUGGCUGACGGGACGUACACCGCCGAGCUCACCAUCUCCGAGACUGACACGAUCGUCAGCGCGUCGGCCAACGCCUCCUUCUCCGUGGUGGCCAUCCGGCUCAAAGUGGUGUUCACGGACGGGUCGGCGCGAGAGGUGGACGCCCGCUCCAACAUCACGCUGCGGGUGGAGGUGACGUCGCCCACGCCCGACUAUGACAUCAAGUGGGGCUGCCACUUGCUCUACAACGCCAGCGAAGGGUGCUUCCCCGAGGCCGACCCCUGGAGCAAGUACACCAACACCUCCGACCACGCCGACACCGUCUUCGACGUACUGCACCGCUGGUGGGAGAUGAUCCAUGGCGGCGGCGACCGCGGCGCCGGCGACGGACGGCCCGCCGACGCAGCGCCGCCCGGGAGCGGCUCUCGGCGAAGGGGAGGCCGAGGCGGCGGGCGAGGCGGCGCGCGCGUGUCCCCCGACCCUGGCGUCAUCAGGCGCUACUACCGGUUCGAGCAGACGAUCACCUUCCCGGCGUCCGACCUGCGGCUGGACCCCGCCGACCCCUCCUCCCGCAGGUUCCUUUUCAACGUGACCGUCUCGUACUUCCUGCGGCAAGCCACGGCCGAGCAGCUGAUCACCGUCGCCCUCGGGAGGGACAACUUCGGGAUCCGGAUCGACGUGAGCUCGCAGAUCCCCAUCGGCGCCUACCGCAGGCUGGUGUUCAAGAGCGAGUGCCGCACGUGCACCGCGGAGGAGCUUCAGGACAUGAAGUACAAGUGGAACCUCCAGAUGAUGACCUCCGGCAGCUUCUUCGCCUCCUCGCGCCCCCCGCCCGCCGCCGAGGAGGAGGACAGCAUUUCGGAGGCGCUGCGGCAGGGGCGGCCGCCGGACACGUUCCUCCCGCGGCCACGAGACUACCUGAGGGUGUACAAUAAGACCGCCCUGUUGCUGCCGCUCGACAAGGCCCUGGGCUCGCGUCCCUUCGCCGCCUCCUUCCCGCCCCCGGAAGCCAAAGAAAUCAGCGCCAGCGACCUCAAGAAGUUCCCCGUGCCCCUCUCGGACGACCUCCUCGCCCGCGCCCGCCGAAUUCUCCGUGAGGAUGGUAGCGUUGACCGCGCCGUCUGGAGAAGCCUGAGGCUCGAGCUGAGGAGCGAGGUCGGCAAGGACCCGGCGUGGAAGCAGAGCGAGGAAGGGCGGCGCAAACGGGACGCCCAAAGAGGCGGAGGCCACGAGUUUGGCAGCGGACGUCACGCAUCGCCGCCGCCGCCUGCGGCGCAGCAGAACCUGGUACAGAAGUCGCGUUCUCGUCGCGCAGUUUACCCGACGGUGCAAGAACGACGUCGAGCUAAGGUGUUUCCCGUCGCCGGCUCUGAGGACGGAAGGGGGGCCAGGUUGGCCAAGUCUGUGGACGACUCCUCCCCGAGUGGGAACGCCCCUCUGCAUCCUCGACAGAUUGCCCAACCACAUCGGCAGCCGCUGCCACUCGGGGAUGAAGCGCAUGGAGGCCGGAAGCCAUCUGGCGGCCGUGAAAGCAGCCCAGGAACGAGAGGAGGAGGCGACCGAGGCCGUGACGGGGACGAUGAGCAGGGGAUGAGAGACUUCGACGCCCUCGCGGGUGGAGGGACGCACGCAUGGCCGCGAGAGCGCAAGGAAACCCCCCGACACGCCGCACCGGGGACUGGCGGCAGGACUGCAGGUGGCGCUCGCGCGAAGCUAGAAUUUCUGCCGGUGGAGUCGGCGGGAGGCGGAGGAAGGGGCGAGCACUUUGUAGAGAAGGCGGAGGGCCAUGACGCGGGAGAAGAUGCCGGCGCCCCGACGGAGCGAAUUAAUGGCCGUGAGCACCAAGGGCGUAACGCGCUUGACACCGGAAGUACAAGACGCCGGAAAAACUCGUUCGAGACGAAGUUGGUGCGCGACGAAUCCGAAGUCAAAGUCAGAAGUCUCUCGAGCGCGUCUCCGGACGACAAUGACGAGGGUGAGAAUGCCUCGGGGAACUCCGGUCCGAAGGAGACGACUGGCGCGGCGGUGACCCCAGACGCCGUCACCGGCGGGGGGGUCACGCCUAGUGUCACGCAAGUGCGUCGGAAGGCCCCCGGGGAGAGCGUAGCCGGCUCGGUCACGCCUCACGGGCGUGAUGCCGUCGCGGCCGACAUGAGACUUGCGUCGGUCGUUGACGCUGCUGACACGAAGCAGGAGGUCAGAGAGAGGCCGUGGCGCGCGGGCGCAGAAAGUGGAGGCAGCACUGGCAGGGAAGAGGACCCGCGGCGAGUCGUCGUGGGAGCCGGCAGGGCUGAGGGCCCCGGGCGGAGAAUGCGGUCGUCGCCAGCAUCCCCGUCACCUCAGGAUGAAACCGCAGAGCAUCAUGCCCGCGGCGCAUCCCCGACCCCGGCGCUCUCGCCGUCGAACGCGCCCGACGCACACGUGGGAAGGUCCGGGACCGCAAGCACAAGCGCUGGCGCGGCAGCGACUGUCUCGGGGGCGACUCCACAGAACAAGCACGAGCCCCCAACCGCCUCUCACGCCCCUCCUUCGGCCCCCCCGCCCCCCUUGCCGGCUGCCCUUUCACUGGCCCGGGCCGGCGACGCCGAACGAAUUUCUCUUAAUGAGCAUUCAAGCAAGGAGGGCGAGAGGACGCACCCGCUUUCACCCGACCCGCCUCGCAGGAACGCGGUGAAUAGAGAGGAGGGGGAGGAAAAGGGAGGAGAAAAACUGGGCGACGGAGAGGGCGAAGGGCAGAGGAAGCGAGCGGCGCGCAGCGAUAAAGACGUCCCCAAGGCGAAAGGAAGAAAAGAGAGAGGAGGAGGAGAGCAGGGGGCGAGCAAGACGAGGAAGAGAAAGAGGCGAGGAAGGGAGCCCGCGACUCCCUCCGGCUGGGGGCGGGGACAAGGCGCUGCCAGCGAGGGCGGCGGGCGCGGCGCGCGGGAUGACGGGCAUGACGGGCCGGCCGACGCCGACGUGGGAAGGGAGGCACGAAGGCCGCAUCAGCCCGCCCACCCGGGCCAUGACUCGGCACACUUGCCAAUCAGGCUCCCCGCCCCCCGCCCGUCGCCCCCCGCCCGGAGAGCCCCUGCCUGGCCCGCCGACACCGCCACCGCAGGGUCCCGACCUGUUUCUCCUCCUGGGAAGCGCUGGGGAGCGAGGGGCGGCGGUGGCGGCGCAGGGAGGCGGCCUCCGACGCCACUACAGCGUGUGGCGGGCCAGGACAGCCAGCGCGGCCAGGGCGCGGGAGGCGACGCCGGAGAUGCGCCUGAACCGAGGGAAGACUCGCGGCCGCCGCAGCGCUCGCCGGCCAAAGGAGAACCAGUUUCUGUUUACCCUCCGAUGUCCUGGUUGAGUGGACUCUCCGCCGGCAGAGGAGUCCCCCAAGACGCGGCGCCGGCCUCCUAUGCGCCGCUCCCCACCUCCUCCCCCUCCACUCCCCAGGUGUUGGACUACCAGAAGUACCUCCAGAUGAAGCACCGCCGGGCACAGUCCCCCGAGCACAGGAUGGCGCCCUUCACGACCACCUCCGAGCCCGACCAAGGUGCCCGGGACAGCCGACGGAAGCACGCAUGGUGGGGCGGCGGCGGCGACCAUCCCCAAGGGCAUGAGGCAGGCGGGGACACCCCUCCGGACGCCGGCGGAUGGGCCCGGACUCCCACGCCUCGGGAAGGGGACGCCGUCGCGGGUCCUUUUUACCCUCCCAGGGACACGCGGUGGAAGUCCGCCACAAGAGGAGGCGGGGGAAGAGGAGGGAGGAAUAGAGGCGAAAGAAGAGGAAGAGUGAAAGGAAGGGACCAAGACAAUGCUCUGCCAACCGACGUCCGUCUGACAGCAGCGACGUCCGCGCCGGGGAGGAGCGAUCCGGAGCGGCCGCCGGCGUGGGCGAAGGGCGGCGUUGCGGAGGGCCCGUGGCCUUCACCUCGCGAGGACGACUACCAAACACGCCUCAAGGUGUAUGCCGAAGAGACCGGCUUGGUGCCCGACCUGAGCUGCCGACCGGAGCGAUGGCGCGAGUGUGCCCUGAGACCCAACAGCAGGAACCGGACGAAGACCAUCCUCAGUGACAUCCUGGGGAAGGCCGGGGAGGAUCACAUCAUGAGGAAGGAAGGGCGACCUCCCGAGACCCACACACUGGAGGAUUUCCGCUUCACUGACGUCGUGUGGCUGACUUCGAUGACGUCAACAGGUACUAGGAAACCUAUCCUGGUGCUGUACGUCAACAUGCUGUACAGUGGCCUCCCUUACAAGCUCAGCCUCCACACCCAGAACCCGAGGACGAACUACACCGGGACCGCCCAACAGCUGAUCGAUUUCUCGCGCGCGCCCACGCUGAAGUCGUGCCAGGUGGUGGCGCGCAGGGGCGGGACGCGCUUCUGGGCGUCGUGCGAGGUGGUGUCGGGGCUGUUCCGGCCGCUGUACGUGCAGUGGAGCUACCACUUCCUGCGCUACGGCCCCAAGACGCUCUUCUACCACGGCACGCGCACCAGCUUCGACUUCACGCUGCCGUCGGGGCUGGCGCCCAACGGCCACAAGAUGUACGUGUCGGUGAAGGCGGUGGACGGCAAGGGCGUGGCAUCCAAGUACCAGGAGGUGACGUCGGGGCUGCGGGUGGAGCCGCGGUUCGAGAGCGGUGACGGCGUGCUGUCGCUGUUCAAGGAGAUCUCGCGCCUCGAGAACGAGAGCCCGCCGCUGCUGCUGCAGGAGGUGCGCUCGCUGGCCUGGGAGCUCAACCUGCUGGAGACCACCCACGUGACGCAGACGGUGUUCGACAACAUCGUGGCGCUGCUGUUCUACCAGACGCGCUGCAAGGACAGCUUGGAGACCGCCACCGACGAGUCGGUGGCGGCGGCCGACGACGGCGGUGCCAGCAUCCUGGCCAAGGUCAACCUGCUCAAGUCGUGCGCGCGGGACCACCUGGUGGAGCUGGUGGCGAGCCUGCCCAUCAGGGACGAGAUGGAGGUGAUGCAGGUGCUGACGGCGCUCGAGAUGAUCGUCGGCGCCACCGAGUACAUCUCGAGCAAGACCUUCACGCGCGUCAUCGAGGCCAUGCGCGCCGCCGAGCAGAGGAUGUGGUGGAACUACAACCCGGAGAUCAGGACGCAGGCCGCCAAGGAGUACUUCGUGCUGACGUCGGAGGUGCUGGACAAGCAGACGGAGAUCUACGACUGGGCCAGCAGCUCGCUCCUCCUCAGCAUCGAGUUGGUGGAGCUGGUGCUGAAGGUAAUGGAGGGCGAGAUCAGGGCGCGGUUCCUGGAGGAGCAGCCCCUCGUCUACUCGUCCUCGACCCUCAAGUACACGGGUUACCUGGCGGAGACGGAACACCUCAACCGCUGGAGCAGCUCCGUGCUCUUCUCCUUCAACACGAGCGGCCUCCCCCACCGCGUCCACCUGGUGCAGAGCCUGGAGCACGACCGCUCGCCCUACUACGUCAAAGACGACCCCGUCGUGUCCAAGGUCGUCAAUGUUGACCUCCACAUGAACAAGGACGUCCUAAAGUCCGUCACGGUGAAGCUCCCCCGCUCCAAUCUGGCCACGGAACUCGAGUACGACUUCCGGCGGCCGGGCAUCCUCUCGCCGCAGUCCCUGAGCGUGUACGAGUUCGAGGUGGAGGAGGAGCACGCCGCCCUCGCCUUCCACGUUCUCCUGCAGGUCGUCCGGGUCCUCAACACGGACUACCCGGUGGCCGCCGUCGUCCUCAUAUGCCAGAGCCUGCAGAGCCUGCGGGAGCCCCUGUACAAGGAGGAGCUGUCUGCGACCUUGGAGGCGUCGCAGGUCCAGCUCUCCCUCGAGCCCGGCCAGCUCUCCAAGGGGAACAAGCUGCUCAUCAUCAUGGACAAGAACAGCUACGAGAAUAACUGGUCGCGGCAGAACGUGUCUGUCCAGGGCGCCGACUUCAAGGUGGCGGCGUGGUGGGCGCAGUGCCUCACAUGGAACAGGAAGGCGUGGUCGCCGGAAAACUGCUCCGUGGAGGCGAAUCUCUCCACGUGGGACAUGACCACGUGCAGCUGCCACUCGACGCACAGCAUCUACGGCGCCCGCACGGUUCCCAUCCUGAGCGAGGAGAGCACCAUCGCCGUGAACGAGCUGAUGCUGGUGGAGACCUUCAUGGCGCUGUACUUCAUCGUCCUCGUCCUCGUGCUGUACUUCGUGCUGGCGCUCGGCCUCCAGACGUCCGAGCGACACCGACUCAAGCGGAGAAACAUCUGGCUCAGGGACAACGACCCGAGGCACGAGUGGGCGUAUCUGCUCACCAUCAAGACGGGCACGCAGUGGAAUGCCGGCACCACGUCCAAGGUCUACGCCAUCGUCCACGGCACGCACGGCAUGAGCGAGACGAGGGAACUGCAGUCGAAGCAAACCGGCCAGCUGUUUACGCGAGGGGCGCUCUGCACCUUCAUCCUCACGACAGCGGAGCCCCUGGGAGACAUCCUGAAGGUGCAGCUGUGGCAUGACAACAGCGGAGGGAGUAGCGCCGGCUGGUACGUGUGCGAGACGAGUGUGGUGGACCUCGUUCUGGGGGCGAGGUACGCCUACCCGUGCUAUCGCUGGCUGGCCGUGCAGGCGGAGGAUGCCAAGGUGGAGCGAGAAAUCACCCUGGAGAGCCCGACCACCUUCUUCCAGGAUUUCGAGCACUUUCUACCCCAGUAUGCCAGCGAGCACAUGCUGUGGACGUCCCUGCUCACCACGUCCAGCACAGCCAAGUUCUACAGGCUGCAGCGGCUGACAAUCUGCCUGAUCGUCUGUCUGUGUCUCGGCACCAUAUCGCUGGCCGUUGUGCAGAGAAUCAACACUGAACACACAAUGAUGGUCCCGGACAUGCAUAUCGAGCCUAUGUACUACGGUUGCAUCAUCGCCAUGGCCCUCCUACCCGUGCAAUGGCUGCUGGAGAUGGUCUUCAAGAUGAGCAAUAGACUGGAGGAAAAGGAGUACAACAACAAGUCGGUGCUGGACACGCUGCGGGCCACGAGGGAGAGCGAGGCGGCGACGCACCCGAGGGGCGACGGCGACGGCGACGGCGAGAGCGACGCCGGGCUCAGCGACGAGGAGAGCGAGCUGUACAAUCCCACCUCGAGCACCUGGGCGGCCCUGGCCAGGUGGGCGCAGACGGUCGAGCUCACCAACGCCCACCUGAGCCUCCUGCAGGACAAGGACAUGGACGGCAUGCACGUGACGCAGCGCUCGAGGACGCCCAACGCGGCCCAGAGCGAGAGCCCGGCGGAGGAGGCGCUGGGGCCCGCUGACCCCGCCGGCCGGUGCGCGGAGGGCAAGGCGCGGCCCCUUCCCGCGGCCGGCGGACGCGACGCCGCCAAGAAGUGCUCGCCGACCAUCUUCGAGUUCCUGGCGGAGCUGCGGCGCGCCUUCGCCUGCCUCGUGAGGAUCCUGUUCGAGGGGCGGAGGGCCAAGUGCAAGGGCAGGGCGCGGCAGGAGGACGAGGCCGGGUGGGAGGCGGACGAGGACGAGGACGAGGACGACGAGGGGGAGAGCGGCGAGGGGAGGGUGGCGUCCAGCCUGACCUUCAUCUUCUCCCAGUGCGUCGGCUGGAUCGUCUGCUGCUUCUUCGCCGCCAUGUGCUGCAUGGUCCUUGUGGUCAGAGGCUCGGGCAUGCCAAUGGACUACUGCGCCGUGUGGCUUCACAUUAUCUACAUGACCUUGUGCUUUUCCAUGUUCGUCAUGCAGCCGCUGGUCGUGGUCAUAUACACAUUAUACAAGGUGUGCAUGUACCGGUGGCUCGGCUGCAGGGGGUGCAUCAGCGACUGCGUAACCGUGCCCCUGGACCAGGUCGUGGCCAUCUGGAACCGCUACCAGACCGUUCUGCGAGGAUACAAAAACAGGACCGAGGAUAUGAGUAAUGAGAAGUUGUUGGAAGAGCGGCAGCGAACGCGGGACCUGCGCUUCGCCCAUCCGCCCAGCGAGGACUACCUCCUGCGGUGCCGAGAGAAGGAGGCGCAGCGGGACAAGGUUUCGAGCGUCUUCCGGAGUGUCUUGGGCCUGGUGCUCAUGCUGGCGCUGCUGGUGGUGAUCGCCAGCAACUCGAACGUGUCGGAGCGGUACAUGCUGAACGCCUCCACGCUCACCACGCUGCAGAACGGGAGCUGCUUGGACCGGGAGAAGUACCCGGACCGCUGCCAGGCCCCGUCCUCCGAGGGGUGCAGCGAGGGCGAGAGCGAGGACUACAUGUCCUUCGGGUCGAUCGUGACGAAGGAAGACUGGUGGAAGUGGGCGUCGUCCGAGCUGAUCGCCCUCGCCUACAACACCGACCACGCCUUCUCCCAGUUCAGCGUGUUCUGCGACUCGAACAGCGUCCUGAUCGGCUGGCCGCGCAUCCGCAAGUACGACAUCAACCCCAAGGAGUGCGAGGCGUCCAAGUACCUCGUGUCGUCCAACCGCUCCCUGGCCGACCUGCUGCACGUGCAGUCGUGCUUCCCGGAGUACGUGGACAGCGUGUCGCACGUGUUCAGCUUCGGCUCCAACCAGAACCGGGACUGGGACGCGCACUUCCUCGCCGUCAACUACGGGAUGUUCAGUCAGUACAGCUACACGGACCACCAGCAGGACCUCCCGAGCUCGCCCACGUUCGCCGUCCUGCUGCUGAUCCUGCUGGAGGCGUCGCACUGGAUCGACGAGAAGGCAACGCGGGCCGUCGUCACGGAACUGACGCUCUAUCACCCGCAGACAGACCUCUACACGACCGUCAACCUGCUGGCCGAAUUCCCGUCCUUGUCCGGUGCUCAGGUGACGGUGCGAGUGUCGUCGACCGCCGUGGAGCGAUACAAGGGGACCUGGUCUCUCGUGUGCAUCAUGGCCGAGGUUAUCCUGGUGGCCGUCUCCAUGCACUACCUCUACCGCACCACAAUCUACGUCUACAAGUGUCGCCUAAAGAUCUGGAAAUCGUUUUGGGUAUUCCUAGACAUAUUAAUGACGAUCUUGAGCUGGAGUUACAUCGUGUGCCUCAUGCUGCGCGUCCAAAUAGCCGAGUACAUUAUGUGGCAGUUGCGGGUGGCUUACUUUCAGAAGUAUGUCAAUCUGAAAGGCCUCACGACUUGGGAUAAGAUCUUGGAGUCCUUGAUAGGAGGGAUGCUGCUCGUUCACAUGAUCAGGUGCAUGAGGAUGAUGAGGUAUCUGCCAGUGUUCCGUCGCCUCGGUCACGUCCUCAGUGGAGCUGCCAAGGAUGUCCUGGUUGUGACGGUGAUGCUGCUGGGGAUGUUGGUAUGCUGUAUGCUCCUGGGCUACAUGUGGUUCAGCUCCCUGCUGUGGGAAUUCCACACGGCGCUCGAGGCCUUCCUCACCCUCGUCAGGAUCAUCAUGACGCACGUGCCCUUCCUCCCCAAUCUUGAAAAUGAGAGUAAUGGCUACGUAACUUCCCUCGGUUAUCUGUAUUAUCUGAUAGCAUACCUCCUUCUGUACCAACUGACGCGGGCGCUGUACAAGGCAGCCUUUUAUCCAUGCCAUGAAGUCCUAUGUUGGGAAACCAGGCGUGGAUGUUGCGUGGAGGGAUAUCAAGGUCUAUGCGAAGGAAAGGUGUCAGUCGCUCCUGCGGUUUGUUCAGAGGAAGGCGGAGGUGGUUGAUGAGCCGAAGGACAAUACGCCGCCGGACUUCUACAUGGCUGAGCUGGAGCUCCAGAUCAACCAAAUCCUGGGCGGCCUGGACAACCUGGCCGAGUCCCUGGGCAUCGUGACGGAGCGCGUGGCCCAGCUGGACGAGGACGACGACGGCGAGGACGACCAGGAGUUCCAGGACAGCCACGACGAUGGCGACGACGACGACGACGACGACGACGACGAGGAGGCGCAGCCUGUGUGUGACCGCGGGCGGGACUGGCUCGCGGAGGGCUUCCUGCAAGGGAAGGUGAAGAGUUCGACGCCCAAGACCGAGCUGGACGUCAUCCUGCAGCCGCUGCAGAAGAGGGUGCAGGAGCUGCUGGACCAGGCGGAGAGCGGCGAGCGGGAGCCGCCCUUCCCCGGGGCGAGCGCGGCCGACGACAGGCUGGCGGAGGCGGAGAGCGCGCAGGACUCGCCCUUCGAGACGUCCUUCAACCUGGACGCCUUCACGGACAUCGCCAGCUGCCAGACGGAGAUCGAGGCCCUCACGCGCUCGUGGAACCUGAGCGCGGUGCCCGGCGACCCCGCGGCCAGGGGCUGGGCGCAGGACGACGGCGGCCAGCUCGCCAAGUUCCUCAAGGACGUGUCCGUGUCGGCCGCCUCCGACGAGUCCCUGCAGGCGUUCGGCAAGUACGGCAAGACGGUGGGCAAGCUCAAGGUCGUGCCCAGGCUACAGCCGAGCCACGAGAGCCUGGCCGCCGCCCUCAGGAGCCACAGCACGAGCGGCGCCUCCGACGCCAGCAGAAUCCGCUCGGUGUCCUCCUUCGUGGACAGCGGCGGCCUGCAGCAGGAGCAGGCGGGCGGGCGGCCGCGCUCGCACACCAGCGCCGCCGCCGCGCAGCAGGAGGGCCAGGCGCACGGGUCGUCCGUGGCCAUGCUGGGCUCCAAGCUGCGGAGGACGCAGACGCAGGGGCGGGGCAAGGGCCACGUCGACGUGCUGGACAUCGAGAGCCUGAUCCUGGACAGCGAAGAAGGCAGCGAAUACUAAGGCUUCGCCGCUUCCACGAGGCAGCAAACCCUCGGCUUCGGGGUUUCCGCCAGGGAGUCGCAAACGCCAGGGCUUCGAGCUUCAGCAGAGGCGGCGGCGAACACCAACUCGAGCUUCGGAGCUUCAGAUGGAGGAAAACACAUCUGUCGAUACCCAUAUUCUUUCAUGCAACUGCAGUGCCUUUCUCUACUGACAAAUGUAUUAUUUUUUAUUUUUAGGCUUAAGCAGAAUGGAUUAUUUUUCAGAGAUUGGGAUUACCGUUUUAACGCAUUCUUGAUUUAUUCGACUUUAAUGGUAAACUGUCUUUUGUUUGAAUACCAUCAUCAAAACUACUGUUCUUUCAUUAUUGAUCAAACAGUGCCUUAUAAACCUGCUAAAUUUUUAAUGGUAAUGUGGAAUGAUUAGUGUAAUUGAGCAGUAAAUGUACGGGAACUAUAUGUGCAUACUAGUCUGUGUGGGGAAAUUUUGUAUUGUUUCCAGUGUUGGUCAGACUUGGGAAAUAAAGGAAAUCAUAUUUAA